AGUAACUGGAGGAACUUUGAAAAAUACUGCUAUCUGGGCCUGACCCUAGGUCUCACGCUGCAGGGCACAAAGCACUUGUCUCCUUUAUUUCCAUCUCUGAUCAUUUGCUGCCAUACAAAUGAUCUCAUUUCAUCCUCACGACUCCUAUUGAGGUAGUAGGCAGUUAUCCCCACCUUACAGAUGGGGAUAUCAAGGAACAAAACUGUCCAGGUGACUUGCCCAAGGUAAGGGCAAGAACCUAGAACAUCCAGGUCCUGGUCCAGUGCUCUUUUAACCUCAUCCCAUUGUCAUAUGCAGGUUCUAGAAUGAACAGGUCAAUGCUGUGAGGUGGGUUCCAGGUGUAAAGGGGAGGGACUAUGAGGUGACAUUCUGGAAGGGUGGAGAGGCUAGGACAGGAGGCAGAUGACUAUUCCCUCACAAACGGGCUUUGGGGCAGCCAUGUCCUACUUUGUGUCUCCACAGACUCAUCCAGGUCUUCUGUCUUCUGGUCAAGGUGGGGCCGCUUCUCCAGGCUCAUCCCUUGGCCUCUAUAGCCCUGUAGAGGCAGUGAUGGUGGCCUCUGGUGGAGUAGGCCAGAAAGCUGAGCAGGUGGCACCUGCUGCCCAGGCCUGGGGCCCAGCCCUGGCAAUGCCAGAAGCCAGGGGCUGCCCUGGGGGGGCUAGCUGGGAGCCGCUGCGGAGGAAGGAGUACAGCCGAUACUGCCACAAAGUCCCCCAUGUGAGGCAGCCGGAGAGCUUGGGCUGGCAAGAUGGCUGCUCCAGAAGCAGAGCUCCCCACCUUGGUGGCCCCAGCAGGCCUGGGCCCCUGCUGCUGUGUGGGCUGUCACCAGGGGUUCUGCCACCACCCCCAGAGGCAGGGGGGAAGGAGGCCGGCUCCCAGCCUGACAUCUGCAUCCUUACCCUGGCUAUGAUGAUCGCUGGCAUCCCCACUGUGCCCGUCCCAGGCCUGCGGGAAGAGGACCUGAUCCGGGCUGCUCAAGCUUUCAUGACGGCCCAUCCGGAGCCAGAUGGAGCUGGGGAGGGGGCACGGUGGGAGCAGGCACGUGCCCACACAGCCUCUGGGCAGGUGCCGCUAGUGAGAUCCAGGAGGGGCCAGCCUCCUGGCUCCUGCUUGUAGCUGGAUGAAAUAGCACCAGACACAGA